AUGAUCAUUAGUGAAGACUUUAUUUCUUUCUUCCCGUUUUUGGUCUACAAUGCAGACAACGUCCCAGGCUUGGAUCACCUGCUGUUUGAACCAACAGCAAAAAGCGUUCACAUUUCCGUAAGUUUUAUUAUUCAAAGUUAGGUCCCAAUUAUCAUAAGUAUAACCGCGGGAUUGUUUAUUGGUCCUACACGGCUAACGCAAAAAAAAGAUACUGGUAAAAAAAAGCUUUUCUACAUCUGCGGAAUCCUUUCAGGAUGGCGAACAGCGAGGCACGUAUGGGCGACGCAGCCAACAUCGCCUCACCAGACCGCAGAAAUGCGGCUGGCGGCAACAUCCGCGUCGUCCUGAGGCCCACAGCACGCCAGGAACCGACUUGGGGAUCCGCCGACCGUCCCCAAGUCGGAUUGCGAGGUCGGCUUCAAGAUCUCGGCCUGGCUCCGAGUGCACGGCGCCCUCAGCGAAACUCUCGCGUCACUUUUCGCGCAGAGGGUCCGUGCACUCGUGUACGAGCCGGCCCACUUGGUGAGCUUAAAUCUGCAAAAAAAUUUUCAAUGAGCGAUUUAAGCAGCCGGGCGGGAACUUCCGGCUGACGCCCAUGAGGCCGUCCCAGAACGGCCAGGUCCUCACGCCGCAGUCCCAGCGCACAGUAAGUUUAUCACAGUUCAAUCUAAGCUUCUUCGUUUUCAAAACUUUUGAGCGAUUAAUAUGAAUAGUGCAUUUUUCAGAUGGACUGGGAGAGCCGCUUCUACACGAGGCCGUUCGAAGUGCAUCACGAGCUGCCAACAUCGUCACCGCCACCAAGGCUCGAAACAAGCACAUUCGACGAUGUUUGGCAGCAAACGACGCACACUUUGAACGAGCCGAGGUGAUUAUACAUUUUUCAGAGGUCUCACACGAGCAGAUAUCAUUUGCAUCGGUCAACUAUCACUAGAGGCACAAAGUUUACUCACUAAUUAAAACUACGAUAAUUACGAGCUCAGCUUCAGAACUUUCCUUGAUUGAGUUACAGUUCCUAUUAACAAGAGAAAACUUGUCACAUCAUGAGACACCAUUUUUGAUUGUUUGAAAUUGUUCUUUUCUGGUGAAAAUGUGAAAUAACUGUGCAACUCAUUCUGAAUGAGACUCAACAAGGCUUUUUCAGUGUGGACGAAGUCCUCCCGCCUCUCCCGCCGCCGCACGUCCUCUUCCCCAAUGUCACGGGAAGAGGACUCGUAAUUCCACGAAUCGCGCCGAGGUCAUUUUUAUUUUUCUCUAUUUCACAGCAGCGCAGUGAUCUCAUCUCGAGUUAUUUCCAAGUAGAAAAUAAUUUGGGAAAUUUCUUCGUUCUUUUUUUUUCGAUAUUGAAACCUUUGUAGAUUUGCAGAUUGAGUUUUUUGAUGGCAUACUCUUUAACUAUCGUUUUCAAGAGACUGGAACUUGCCUAAAAUAACAAAGAUGAUUAAAAUUUCGUUGUUUUCUGUUUCUUCUAAAACUUGAAAACCGACAACUCUGUGUUUUCCUAUGAAUGAUUUUUUUAGGCCCGAUCCCGAGAAUGCCGCUGUCGCCGAUCUCAUUUGACUCGGAAGCCCCACCAAGUGGCACCGCAACGUGAGAAUUUUUUCCAUUAUUUUUGAAAAAGGAAGUCUUUAUUUUUAUAUUUUUCGAAAAACGUAUACAGUUUCGGGAAAGAGAGUCUGCUAUAGAUUCUAAUACAAUCGCAAAAAUGAAGUUUUGCCCGUACUUGAGAAAGAGAUGUUAAGGUGAAGAGGUGCCGGUACCCAUUUUGAUUCGCGAAUUCGAGCGGAAAAUUUGACAGUCGUGGACGACCACAAGUUUAGAACCAAUGAUAAAAUUAGAAAAACUAAGCAGCAACACUUGCCUGGAUUUCGUCGGAUCGAACCCCUGUCGAGGUAUGUUUCAUCGAUGGAUAUAUUUUUGCUAAAAAUGUGUUCUAUUUGAUAUUUUCCCAUUUCUGACACGAUUCAAGUUCGUUACAUAUAUUUCUGAGGUUUUGAGUGUAGCACAUAAACUUCUGAUGUUUUUCAAUAACACAUUCUAUAAACGAAGGUGAAUGAAAAAGUUCCGUUCAGUCCAUUUCAAGCCUGAAAAGUGGAGUUUUCAUCUUUUCAGCCGAGAAGGAGGCGAAUCUGAAGCGGGCGGAAAUCAACCGGCUUCCAACCUGGACGCCACGGAGAGGGAGCAAAUCUCCACGAUCAGUUGGGCAAGCUCCCCACCUGAACGUUCGACCGCGCACAACUCCGCCACAAGGGCAAACUCCCCACUUGCCUGGAUUUCGUCGGAUCGAACCCUGUCGAGGUAUGUUUCAUCGAUGGAUACCUGCUACUAAAGUUUUUACUUGUGUUCCCCAUUUCUGACACAGUUCAAGUUUCGUUUACCUAUAUUUCUAGAGCUGUGAGUAUGCUUUACCAGAAUUUUUGAUGUCAAUGCCACAUUCUAUAAAUGAAAUUGAAUGAAAACUCCGUACUGAGUCCAUUUAUAGCCUGCAAAGUUGAGUUUUUAUCUUUUUAGCGACAGAAAGUCGAGACGGGCGAACUCGACGGAAAUCAACUCACCACCAAUUCAGUUGCCACGGAAAGGAGCAACUUUUCUCGCAACUGUCAAUUUCAGGUCCGAUGACGAGGACGAAGAAGUGGAAGCGGGAGAAGCCCCGCUUGGAGCGGCUCCCGGUGUACCGGCCCCAUCGUCUAGCCCUGGAACAACAGAGAAGGAGGUCGGCGAGUCCGCGGCACGAAACAUCAUCGUCGCCACCUCCUUCUGGGGCACGGACACCGGUCCAUAGUGCGCCAUCAAGAAAGCGAAGAGCGUCGAGCCCUCCACCGUCGUCGCCACCCUCCCGCCCCCACCGCAGCCCCUCGUCACUCCCCUCGUCAUCGCCCAUCGUCAUCGCCCCCGUCGUCGUCGCCCACGCCGCCCCCCUCGCCGCCACCCUCGUCGCACCCUCGCCGCCCCGUCGCUCGCCGCGACAUCGCCCCCGCCCUCACCUCCGCCGCAGAUCGAGAUCAGCGCGUCUUCGAGGCGGGACCAACUUUGAAGACCUGCCGCCCGUCAUUUUGGACUGCUCCAAUAUGACGCCGGAGCAGAUGCUGAAGGCCAUCAAUGAGCGAAUAAAACUCAUUGAUGGUCUGAUGGCGGCAGGUCUUGGGACGCACGACGGGCUCACGAUGCUCCAGAGGGCCCGGACAACGGCCAGGAGGCUCGUCGCCUGCGCUUCCCCGAGUCUGCCUCAGCUCAAAGUUAGUGAACUUUAACUGAAACCAUUCAAUCAAAAUUUUCAGAAGCUGAGGAAGAACGUUGAAGCAGCUUUCGCGUAUUCACGCGGUCAUGGUUUUGCGACAAAUUCAAGCACUGUUGAUAGGAUGAAUAUUUCAGAAUAGCUGCUUCGAUGGGGAGCGAAAACAACCUGUGAAAUGUCUGUAUCAUAUCUUUCGUGUACACUUUUUCCGACCGUGCUUUGACUCAUGUGAGUUUUUUUUUGCAAAAACUCAGAAAAACCUAUCGAUAAAAAUUUUUUUCGGAAAAAUUGAAAACACUUUUCAUAGUUGAACAUACAUCGAAAACCAUGUAUUUACUUUUUAGGGACUCAAAAAUUGCGAAAGACAAUCGACACAGUCAAGACGCUGAAUAAGGUCCGCGACAUGUGCAACAUGGCGAGGAAAAAGAGACGACGCCCAACGAGGACCAUCAAUGAGAACCAUGGCGACAAAAAAGAAGACGCCACAGUUCCUGGAACUCAUCCCCAGGUAUCUUUCUUUUCAUUUUUGUGAAAAUAUCUCGAAGACUCAUCCAAGAACCGUUAACUUUGAUAUUUCCGAAACAUUUAUCGAAAACCAUGGAUUUACUUUCUAGGUUCUGCCGCACCCCGGACUUGGAAUCGCAAGACACAGUCAAGACGCUGAAUGA